UGAGGUGAACUGGAAGAGUACUUUCUCAGGGAGCAUAUAUGCUCUUAUAUAGCAGGGUGUCUCCACGCCAAUCAUGUCUCAGAACCUUGGGAAUGAAAGCCAAAGCAGAGGAUUGCUCAAAGGAACAAACGGAAAGUGUACCUGGAAUAGAGUCCAUUAGUUCUCCUGUUCGUCACGUGUCCCUGUCAAUGAACGGUUGUUUGCAUUCAGAAAUUUCUAAACGUGAAGAUGGGUCAUCUGCCGGAAUGAAUGCAGAUGCUGUCCAUGGACAGGAGAACGGUGAUGUGACCAAGUCAACAUCAUCACUUGAUAAGGAAGUUUCCUUCAAUGAAAAUGGGUUACGUUUCCAGAUUGAUUCAGAAGCUAGUAGAAUAAACUGCGAAGAUAGGGACAGGGUUAAUUCUAUAGAUGUGAGAGAAAAUGUGGAGAAUAAUAAUAUGGACCGGACAAGUAGCCAACCAUGUUCUUCUGAUAUGGAUGAGAUUCCCAGCCGUGAUAAAGCUCCAAUUUGCGAUGCUGUGAGUGGGGAAGAAAAUGUGAAGAUGGUCGAAGAAACCAGCAAUUUUUCGAUUUCCAAAGAUUCGCGAGUAGCAAAUGAUUAUGAAAUGGAAGAUUCGGAAAACACCAAUAUGGCCGAUUUUGAAUCAAGUUCAUCUGUUGCAGCAGCAGGGGGUAGCAGCCCGAAAUGUGAAUUGUUCAUGCAUGUUUCAGAAAUUGAGGGAGGGAAUGGGGCAAAGAGAGCUGAAAUAGCAGAUGGCAGUUUUCAAUGAUUGGCUGCAUUUUCUAGUUAAAUCAUUUUUUUCUUUUACAUUAUAAUUUCACCAUCAAAAGAAAUGGAUGAAGUUGGGGUUAUAUGUCUAUCCGGGUUUUCAUUAUUUACAGAAAUCAUGGAUGCUAUUGUACCGAUUUUUGGAUGGUUCAUAACCAUUUUAGGUGGACAAUGACAUAAUGGAAGAAUU